CGUGGAUGUACGAAAGAAAAAACCUUCGACCGAAAUAGCGUAUUCGUUUUGGGAGUGUGUACCUUUCGACACGGCGUUCCCACGAAUUCGUAAGGGUUGGGUGAUUCUCUUUCCUGUCCAACAUCCCGCACAACGCCCCGAGUAAGCAUUGUGUUGACACGAAUCAUACAUACUAUUGUACCGUACCGUACCGUACAAUACCAUCGUAUCACACUCUUAGCAACUGUAACUCCAGAGGGAGUUUAUUGGUUCCAUCCGCGUUGCUCGCUAAUCCUCAAUUCCUCACUCAUCAAUGGCACCUUCUCAUCCGUUUGCGCAAUCUACGCAACACCAUCAGGCGCCCAUGUACUACUCUCAGCAACAACAAGAAACGGAUUUCUUUGACGAUUACAACAGCACGUCCAGUCACGAAGAAACCCGCAUCGUUCUGGCCGAUCCGGCUCCAACCGCGUACGCCGGUGAGUCGUACUACCCGGAAUCCUCCUUGGCUACUCCACCCGUUACGUCCAGUCACACGACGACUGCCACAGCAUUGGUCCCUCGACCCGCCCCUUACUCGGAAUCGAAUGUUUGGAGUUACGACGAUGUGGACCAGAACUACCACAACAGUACGCAUAGAAACGGCACUACGGAAACUGCCUUGGGCUUUUCGUCGAACGGCGAUUACCCUACCGUCCCGGUGGGACCGGAUAUUGACAAGAUGAAGCGUCGUCGCAAACGCCGUACGGUAGUAGUAGGCGUCGCCAGUGGAGUCGUGGGACUGAUUGCUCUGGGCCCGGUGGGCGGUAUUGCCGGUGGAGUGGGCGGCGCCAUGGCGACCAAGGCACUCAGUAAGCGCAAGGAACGACGCAAGUCCCGCAAACACGAACAGGCUCUGCAAGAGACGGGAGUCAGUCACAAGUUGGCGACUGUUCCGGCCGAGUCGGCCGUCUUUUCCUAAACGCUUACAGUUAACUAUACUAUUACACACAUUUUUAUCCAU